CAGGAGGAGGAAGAAAGAAGGCAGGCUGCUGAAGCAGAAGCGGCAGCAAAAGAAGAGAGAGAGAAUGAAAAUUGAGAGUGGAGAAGGGAGCAGUGGUGGCACGAUGAAGUGGGAGACAGAUACUGAGCUGGAGAAGAAGAUCAGCGAGUGGGUCGCUAAUUUAUCGUUGGGGGAAGACGAGGAGGCGGAGUCCUAUGUGACUAAGGAUGAGAAGGUUGCGCUGGCCGCUGAGCUAGCAGCCAUGACAGGCCCAAUGGAACGAAGAGAGAGGGAAGACGAGCAAAAGUUAGCAUGGAAGUUGAGAAUGAAGAGGGAGAAGAAGGGGAGGAGAGAGGAAGUGAAUAAGAUCACCGCAACAGUGGCAAAGGUGCAGGAGUGUAGAGCGGAGGUGAUAGCCCAGCCAGAUGAUAAGGCCAAGUGGGACAAGGUAUUGGGCUAUCUARAGGUGUUGAGCAAGGCCUGGAUGGAAGAGCGCCAGGCAAGUUGGAGCCAAGAUGUAGCCUUGAGUGCCAUGCGGUCAGGGUUUAGAGACUUUGCGCGCGAGAUCGUCACCCAUAUUGGGGGCGAAGUCAAACAGUUGAGAGACAAUGUAGGGAAGUUUUGUGAGGGCGUCAUUCAGGGUGCCGCAGAGGGAGAGGCCAGGCCCCAUAAGGACCCAGUGAAGCUUAAGUUUCCGAAUGCGCACGGGGGAAAGAAGGAAGAAAAUUUUGACAACUGGGAAGCCAGUGUCAAUAGUUAUAUUUACUUGCAGCAUAUCCUGGCCGAGGAACAAGUCCUUGUGGCCUUCCAGGCCCUCAAAAAUGAAGCGGCUAGCUUCGCCAGGUCUCUUGCGCGUACAGCCGGUGUGGCAGAAGAGUUAAAAGAGAGAAUGCCAACCUGGGCCAAAAUGAAAAGGGAGAGUAAGGGACAACUGAUUUUGGUAGAUGUAGAGGUGUUCAGAAGUAGAGUAGGGGCCCUUAUAGACUCAGGGGCUACUCGUAGUUACAUUAGCCGUAGGGCGCUGAAGAAGCUGAGGCUGGGACUAAAGGUCCAGAAACUAGUAGACCCCAUAGUCAGUGUCCUCGCAGACAACCGCACGAUGCGCGUUGAGGACUACGUAGAGGGAGUCCAGGCGUACUUUCGCUUAGAGAAGAAUGGGAAAGUGGAGAAGGUCCUCCAUUCUUUGACUCUCCUCGUGCAAGAUGCAGGGGCCACACAUCAUUUGAGAGAGCAUGAGUGUAGGCUCCCUAGCCCGACAGGCGAAGUUAAGAUUGCCCGCUUAUUCCAUGUGUCGGGUGUAGACAACACCUUGGCACAUUGCUGUCUCAAUGCUCCCGCGUUCGCGCGAUUAGUCAAAAAGGAGCAGUUAGAAGACCAGGUCUUUGAAGUUUAUGUUAGACCUGUCACUGAGGCCGAGGAAAAGGAUAGCUCCACAGAUCCAACAAUUGCCAAGCUGCUGGAAGAAUUCAAAGACUUGACUGAGUCGCCGACAGGAGUAGUGUCACGACCCAUCCAGCACAGGAUAGAGAUAGAGCCUGGCAGUAGAACUCCUAAGGGUGCAGUCUACAGGAUGUCCCCUAGAGAGUUAGAGGAGCUUCGCAAACAGUUAGACGAACUCCUUGAAAAGGGUUGGAUCAGGCCCAGUUCGUCUCCUUUUGGAGCACCAGUCUUGUUUGUCCCCAAGAAGGAAGGAGAGCUUCGUAUGUGUAUAGACUAUAGGGGUUUGAAUGCGAUCACCGUGAAGAAUGCUGAGCCGCUGCCCAGGAUAGACGAUCUUUUAGAUCGGGUGCAGGGUUAUCCGUCUUUGCCAUUUGUCGUCACCACGGACGCGAGUCAGUAUGGGAUAGGCGCCGUGUUGCAGCAAGACGACGACAAUGGCUAUAGACCCGUAGAGUUCAUGUCAGCGAGGAUGCCCUGUGAAAAGGUUGCUGCCUCCACGUACGAGAGAGAACUCUACGCUCUCAGGCAGGCUUUAGAUCAUUGGAAGCACUACCAGCUUGGGAGACACUUCAAAGUGUAUUCGGACCACGAAACGCUUAGAUGGUUAAAGACUCAGGCCAAGAUGACACCUAAGUUGACUAGGUGGGCUGCAGAGAUAGACCAAUUCGACUUUGAGCUCAAGCCAGUGAAGGGCAAGUACAACGUAGUUGCGGAUGCUCUGAGUAGGAGAUCAGACUACUUUGGAGCUGUAGUACACUAUUUGGAUAUAGGGAGAGACCUGCAGGAGAAAGUGAGGCAAGCAUAUGUGCAGGACCCUAUCUAUAGCGACCUCCUAAAGAGAGUUAGAGAGGCCCCAGAGACUGAACCAGAUUACUGCACUACAGACGGGUUGUUGUUUGAGAAGACUAAUGUGUUUGACCGCCUGUGCGUUCCCAACAGCGAAGAGAUCCGCAGUUUGAUUUUAGGGGAAUGCCACGAUACUGAAGGGCAUUUCGGUUGGCAAAAGACAUUAGCCAACCUGAUGCGUGCGUAUUUUCAGAAACAUAGCGUACCUGUUCAGAAAGUGGAGUACAGUUGGGGUGCAACGGAGGUGAAAGCUCUGCUGCCAGGUGUUCAAGCAAUUGUUGACAUCACAGAAACGGGAAGCUCUUUGCGGGCCAAUAAACUCCGGAUUCUUGACACGAUACUUACUUCUACUACACGACUGAUCGCCAACCACAAUUCAUGGAGCGAUCCUUUGAAGAGAGAGAAGAUAGAGGACAUAGCCAUGCUUCUUCAGGGUGCUGUGGCUGGCAGAGGCAAGGUGGGCAUGAAGAUGAAUGUGCAGAGACGAUUACUGGACGAUUUCACGAAGCUGCUGCCCGCGGAGCAGUCUCCGACAAUCAGCCCUCUUCUCGAUGACACGUAUUGUGCGAUUGAGGUGGUUUGCACCGUCGCCCAGGCGCGAGAUCUUCUGCCGAAAGUCAAGCGCCUUGGUGCCGAUGGCAUCUUCACAUACCCACUUGACGUGCUCAUUCGCUGACCAUAACUGGCAGCCAUUUUUGUGUUUACACAAACACGUAGUGAAAAUAGGUCUCUAAGUCUCUAACCAACGGGCCUGGUUCAGUUGGUGCGGGCCUAAUGAACUGUUGAAACGCAGACCUGAGUUCAAAUCCAGAUGGAUCAUGGACGUGCUAAUUCGCUGACAAUGCCUGGCAGUGAUUUUGUGUUUACACAAACGCGUAGCAAAACUAGGUGUACCAUCGUCGAACUGACGGCUCCCCGGUUAACCAACGGGCCUGGCUCAGUUUGUACACUUAAUGGACUGUUGAAAUGAAAUACAGACGUGAGUUCGAAAUUCGAAUCCGGAUGGGAGUAGGUGAAUAAUUUUUUUAUGAAUUACCGGGGACCGGUCGGUUCCACGAUGAUAUCUCAAGGCUGUUGUGUGUCCUUUUCAAAAAAAAAGAAAGAAAAGAGGAGAAGAAAAAAAAGGAGGAAGAGAGAAAAAAGACAAAAGAAAAAUAGCUCGCUAAGGGGGUAGCAAGGGCCCAAUACAAGCUAAGAAAUCUGGUAUGGAUGCUGCUGCGGACAGAGUGCGAGCCAUGGAGAAUGACGACACAGCGCCGACUGGCCAAUCACGCUGAGAAUCGCGCCGGCGGUGGUUGACCUGUGCUUCACCAGUGCCAACAUGAUGGGCCACAUACGGAGAAACGCAGUAUGGUCCAUCCCGCUGUCACUGUGGAGGGGCAAGAUCCAGCGCCAUUGCAGGUGGCCGGAGUCUGCAGAUGCUUUCUUUAACCAGCUGCUAUUUGACAAUAGGUUUAUAUGUGAUGUAGAGGGGGACCCGUACCCGUGGCAGGGCAGGGUGUGGGCAUUUGGGCGACAGUGGGCGGAGCAGGGGGUCUACAAAAGAGGACACGUGUGGGAUGCACAGAGGCGGGGGUGCUGGAGAAUGGAUGAAGAGAUGGUGGGUGCCUGCCUACACAGUUAUACAGGCUCCUGAGGCUGCAUGAGUUGGGGGAAGCUAUCCCGGACGAGCGGAUAGAGCUGCUGAAGCAAAGUGACCUGCAGCAAGGGGAACGGGUUAGGCAAAAGGGGGAGACUCGCCCAUGCACAGUGUACAGGAUAGAGGGGCCACAGGAAGCAGGGAGAUAGCGGGCUACAGAGUGGGCUGUAAGGACGGGCUACGAGGGCCUGGGCUGUCCUCUGGUGGGGAUCGAUUAGGAGGGACUGCCCUGCAAAUUUUUGGUCAACCUAUCCACGGUGGAGAUGGUGUCGUUCUGCAAGAGGGGCAAAUGGAGCGACUCGUCGGAGGUCUACCUCCCGUUCGGCCUCAGUGAGACCAGCAGACAGUUGGUGCUGGCACUGCUGGACCCCCGAAGAAUGAUUCCUCCCCCCGCCCCGAAAUACAAGAAGAAGACCAGAAGACAGUUGGUGCUGAAAAAAAAAAAAAAAAAAAAAAAGAAGAAGAAGAAGAAGACCAGAAUAUAGGUGGUGCUGGACCCCCCGAAGAAUGGUUCCGUCCCCCCCCAGAAUUACAAGAAGAAGAGUAUCCCGCUCCGGCACUUCACCGAUCAAUCCCCCCGAAGCAGGAUGUGGCUGAAGAGCUCAAGGAUAGAUGGACGAAAAGAGAAUGGAUUCCGCCGCUGCACUGAUCCCUAGAUGGACGCACCGGAAAGGGCAAAAGUAAUGCGCAAUUUUGUAACCUCUCCGCGACCAGAAGCAGGCAGGGCUGCUAUGGCGGAUUUGCCACCUGGCGCCGCUGGCGGUCCCCACAGCGCAACGGUUGGCAUCUAAGAGCCGGCAUACAGGGGGCCUCUGUACCAGACCGCGAUGCAGGCAGAUAGAAUCCAUUUCUCAUCUUUUCUUGCACUCCCCGUCGGUCACGGACUUCUGGAAAUGGCGGAUGACAGCUAUAAAGUAUAAAAGAUUGCAAAAAAGCGAAAUAAAAGUAACGACCAGGC